AUGCUGCUCUCCGAACCCUCCGCACGCCAUGCCCUCUUCGCCGCUUCACUCUCCGCGCUGCUCGUGCACUACAUAUUUAACCGCUACGAACCCCAGCAGGCCAGAAUCCAUAUUACCCUCCUCGUCCUCGUCCCCGCCUCGCUGUUUGCGCUUUUCCUUGGCCGUCUUCCCGUCGUCAAUGCGGCGUUGGUAACCUUCACCGCCUACUGGGCCACUCUGGCCACAUUAGUUGCUCUCUAUCGCCUUUCCCCAUGGCACCCCCUAUCUCGACAACCCGGACCCCUUUUCCUCCGGCUCUCCAAGCUUUCGAUGGCAUGGGUCUCUCGCGGCGGCAAGCGGCACUUGUACACGCAAGAGCUUCACCGCCGCUACGGCGACGUUGUUCGCGUAGGUGUCGAUCAGCAGCCCUCAGCGAUUCAGACUCUCUUGGGCACAGCAGGGCUACACAAGGGUCCGCAGUGGGAUGGAAGGGUGGCGACACAGAGCGUGGCCCCACUUAUCGCCAUCAAAGACCCUAAGGAGCACUUGCGCCGACGCAAGCCAUGGAACCGAGCGCUCAGCGUCGCGAGUGUCAAGGAUUUCGAACCCUUUGUGACGCACCGGGCGCAGCAGCUGCUCAAGGUACUGCCGGAGCAGCACGGACCCGUGAACCUGGCGCAAUGGUUCAGCUGGUUCACCUAUGACUUGAUGAGCGAUAUGGCGUUUGGCGGCGGUUCUUCCGAGAUGAUGUUGAACGGAGAUGACGGGAGCGUUUGGCCCUUGCUCGAAGUCGGCCUGGUGAACUCCGACACUUUUGGACACCUACCAUGGCUCGCGGAUUACACCCGUUCCAUCCCCUUCCUUGGAGCCAAAAUGAAGCAGAUGCGCGCGUACUGCAUCGAUCGCACCCAGCAGCGUGUGAUGCUCGGCAGCACCACGCGCAAGGAUCUCUUCUACUACCUCAACAACGAAGACGGCGCGGAGCCGACCCCGCCACUUCCAGAGGUCGUCGCUGACGGAACCUUGGCGAUAGUGGCCGGCGCGGACACGACCUCGAGCGUGCUGUCGAGUGUCUUCUUCUGCCUGCUCUCUCACCCCGAGUCGUACAGCCGCCUGCGAGCUGAGGUCGACCGCUACUACCCUCGCGGAGAAGACCCCUUCAAUCCGAGACAUCACGGAGACAUGCCAUACCUUAAUGCCGCCAUUAACGAAGCCAUGCGCCUCUUCCCACCGAUUAGCGACGGAAGCCAGCGCGUCGUGCCAGCGGGAAGCGGAGGCCGCGUCGUCGGGAACGACUUCCUGCCCGAGGGCACGGUCUCGACGGUGCACACGUACACCAUCCAGCGCGACCCGCGCAAUUUUUCCCCCCUUCCAGACGAGUUCUGGCCCGAGCGCUGGAUCCACGCCGCGAGCGGGGAGCCGAGCCCCCUGGGCGGGAAGCUUAUACACAACGCGGCGGCGUUCUUUCCGUUCUCGUUCGGCCCCGCUAACUGCGCCGGGAAGGGCCUCGCGCUGCUGGAGAUGCGGAUGGUGGUGUGCGCGGUUGUGCAGAAGCUCGAGCUGGCGUUCGUGGACGGCUUCGAGCCGUCGGCGUACGAGGACGCGCUCCGGGAUUACUUCAUCCUGACGAGACCACCGCUGCCUGUUGUGGUGCGAGAGCGGUGA